CAGCCGAGCCGUCCCGUAGUGUGUCUGUGGGAAGUCAGAGGGGAGAGACUGAAUCCACACACCUUAACCUCUGGCGGUUUGUUUGUCUUGGACUCGUUUUCAGAAAAACAAGUAGUGACAUGGAGGUCAGCGCUGAGGCCAAGAGGAUCAUGGUCGUGGCUUUGGGGAAACUGUACAGCUCCCGCACCCAGCGAGGGGGUCUCCGUCUCCACCGGAGCCUCCUUUUGACUCUGGUGAUGAAAUCCGCCCGGGACAUGUACCAUGAGGCCCAGGCGACGACGGAAAGUAUCGCACCGGAAUGUGAACGACAACAACACACCGCGGCGGAAGUUAACGCAGAGCCUCAUGUGGAGCUCCUGGGUCUCGCUUCGCCGACCACCGGACAGCCUCGGACUUUACCCCGAGAGGAGGUCGGGGGUCCCCCCACAGAGCUCGACAACAAGGAGAAUAUGUGUCCGAGCGGGCCGGCGCAACACUCGAGGAAGAGACGGGGCAAAGCGGCCGUCGAGCCAGACUUUCUCCCCUGCAAGAAAGCCAGACUUGAGCAGGGGAACUGCCCCCCUCUGCUCAUAGUGAACUCGGUUCUGCUGGACUAUGUGAACUGUAGCAGUGAACUGGGAGCACCCCCACCCCCCAUGCCUCUACAGAGGGCCAUUGCAGCGUGUUGAAAGCCGGUGCAGAUUAUAGGCUAUAAACUUUUUUCGACACGGCCUGGGAGCCUGAACGCGCCACACAAGUGGGCCUCGUUUGUCCCAUGGGGGGGAGGGCCGUUUGGGACGAAGGCCCGGGGAUAGUUCGAGUCCCCACGUAUGACUCUGAACAAGCCUGUGCGUGUUACAGGACCCACAGAAAGACACAGCCCGGCGGGUGAAUUUUGGCUUAGUUGUUGGGGCCUGAGACCUCUACGGGGACUGACGCCGGCCAAAAAGCGGAACUACAUGAACUGGUUCAACAUUUACACAAGUGUGUCUGUUCAGGGAGCAGGAUCUGCUCAGCAAAUAUAACAUAUGUUCUGACUGUGUUGAGACUUAUGGGGGACCACAGUCCUGACUGAUGAGUGUGCAAAUAUGUUGAAAUGUAAAAGAUCCAAUGUCUACAACUACCUCAGUAUUUAUUAAACAUUUUUUGUACUUAA